AUAAAAUCCAUAAAAAUACGCUCAUAAAACCAUUGCCUAAAAUGUUAAUUAAAAUAUAUUCUCUGACAUACAACCACGCUUUGCACAUUGCCAACGCCCUACUUUUGAUCCUAUGUUUUGAAAAUGAAGGAGCGGCCGUUCAUUGUUUUUAUUUCACUAUUAUUCGUAAUUUCUUGACGAAUAUUUUUUCUUUGGCAGGUCGAUAUUUAGUAAGACGAUGUCGGCUACUGAAUUACACACUUACUUUACAGGGAAUAAUACGUACAAACUAAUAAAUCCCAUAAGUCGGCGUAUUGGGGAUUUUACGCCGUUUUACAUAGCCAUAGCGAUUUGCUCUGUGAUUUUGGGACUGAUUCUGAUCCUGAAUAUUGUGUGCUGUUGCUCUCGUUAUUCUGACUAUUGGCUCGAUCGUCACACAGGUAACCGUUGGAUAGUUUCGAUCUGGUCUGCAACUCCUCACAAGCAACCUCCUCUUGACUUUACGGAGUUAGAAGCUAACUAUCAGCCAGUUCAUUACAUACAUCCAUACCCUGACAAGUAUCACGAAGUGCAUAAACGUGAAGAAGUGCCUGCUUCAUUCUCUCGGCAACCACUAACUACAUCACAGGAGUACUUAGAACUGCACAAGCGAGAAAGCGAUAUCUAAAAUGGCAUUCCUUAUGAUAUAUCCUUCUGUAGCUGUUUUGUGUAUGUUUGUACUUGUUGUAAUAAUACUUAUGUUAAGAUUUGGGGCCAGAUGGUGCAAAUUGCGUCAUACGGCUUUUGCUGAUCAGGAGUACUGGAAUGAGGAUGACGCUUAUGAACAGAAAGUAUCAUAUGCAUAAUCAACUUAAAAAAAACUUAUUUUACGAUUCCGUCCAUAUGGUCUAAUUGCAUGUUUACCCAGUAAUCAAAAUAGUCUUUAUAACAGUCGCCUUGUACCAAUUAUUUUUCUCUUCAGUUGAGGUAUAUUUUGUUUACUGGUAAAACUAGGAACUUUAGAAUUAGACCUUUGACUGUAUUUUGACUUUGCUACUUGGUAAUUUUAAGAUAAGAAGAUUAAUGUAGCCAAUAAGCAAACUAUGAGUAGAUAUAUUGAAUUUGCUUGCGAAUGUUUUUGAAUAUCUUUUUAUUUCAUAAGUAUUUCUUUAUUAUGAUUUGUUUUACAUCACAGGCUAUUGACCAUUAUUUGUUAGCAGUUUGGAAGU